UCCUAAAUCAUCGCGAGAGCUGAGGCCUAGGUGCGGGGAUGGCGGCAGAGCCGGGAGGAGCUGGCAUUUGGCUCCUGGCUCCGGCCCUCCGGCCCGAGACAUGGCCAGGGGUCCCGGUCCUAUAGGCCGGCCACGCCCCGACACGAUAACCAUGCCCAAGAGAGGAAAGCGGCUCAAGUUCCGGGCCCAUGACGCCUGCUCCGGUCGAGUGACCGUGGCGGAUUAUGCCAACUCGGAUCCGGCAGUUGUGCGGUCUGGUCGGGUCAAGAAAGCCGUGGCCAAUGCUGUUCAGCAGGAAGUAAAAUCUCUUUGUGGCUUGGAAGCCUCCCAGGUUCCUGCAGAAGAAGCUCUUUCUGGGGCUGGUGAGCCCAGUGACAUCACCGAUAGUAGUGAUGAGAUGGAUGCCCAGGAGGAAAACAUCCAUGAGAGAACUGUCUCCAGAAAAAAGAAGAGCAAGAGACACAAAGAAGACCUGGACGGGGCUGGAGAAGAGUAUCCCAUGGAUAUUUGGCUCUUACUGGCCUCCUACAUCCGCCCUGAAGACAUCGUGAAUUUUUCCCUGAUAUGUAAGAAUGCCUGGACUGUCACUUGCACUGCUGCCUUUUGGACCAGGUUGUACCGAAGGCACUACACGCUGGAUGCUUCGCUGCCUCUGCGCCUGCGACCAGAGUCCAUGGAGAAGCUGCGCUGUCUCCGGGCGUGUGUGAUCCGAUCUCUGUACCAUAUGUACGAACCAUUUGCUGCUCGAAUCUCCAAGAAUCCAGUCAUUCCAGAAAGCACCCCCACCUCAUUAAAGAAUUCCAAAUGCUUACUUUUCUGGUGCAGAAAGAUUGUUGGGAACAGACAGGAACCAAUGUGGGAGUUCAACUUCAAGUUCAAAAAACAGUCCCCUAGAUUAAAGAGCAAGUGUAUGGGGAGAUUGCAGCCCCCCAUUCAAUAUGAAGAUGUUCAUACCAACCCAGACCAGGACUGCUGCCUACUGCAGGUUACUACCCUCAAUUUCAUCUUUAUUCCAAUCGUCAUGGGGAUGAUAUUUACCCUGUUUACAAUUAAUGUGAGUACGGACAUGCGGCAUCAUCGAGUGAGACUGGUGUUCCAAGACUCUCCUGUCCGUGGUGGGCGGAGCCUGCGCAGUGAACAGGGUGUGCAAGUCAUCCUGGACCCAGUGCACAGUGUUCGACUCUUUGACUGGUGGCAUCCGCAGUAUCCGUUCUCCCUGAGAGCGUAGUUAACUGCUUCCCUCCCUGGGGAGCCCUGGGUCCAGUCCAUUAGUAAUCAGAUUCCAUUUUGCAAGGGGCAGCUGGGUUGUACGUCUGAUUAGUAAUGCACAUGCUCUUUGGAUUCCUGGGGCUUCUCUUACAGGAAGGAGAAGGGUUCAAUCAAGAGGAAAACAACUAUGAUUUAUAAACAUUUUAGUGUAAAAAUUGGCAUUUGAAAGGAUAAACCUGGCCCUGUUUUCUGUGUUAAAUCCUAGUUUGGUGCUAUUGAGUUUGUUUCUUUAUUCUUUCGUACCAGUGGAAAAAUGGAUGGUCUUUCUGUAGGGAAAAAUUAAUCUUAUAUCUUCAAGCAAAGAAGACCUAAAAUUGUUGCUGCUGUUGCUUCCAAUGUGGCUGUCCUUCAAAUUCAAGUGAAUAUUUUCUCUUCUUCCUUUACCCUGCUCCAAUAAAGCAGGGGACAAGGUUUUCAGAAUCUUAUAAUAUUAACUUGUGUAUCUUUUCGUAAAAAUAAUUUUUGGAUAUUUAUUGCAUAAAUACUUUGCCAGUUUUGGACUUUAGGGUUUUGUUUUGUUUUUGCAUAAGGCUGAUAGUGAUUAUGACGGGUCCUUAGUAUUGCACUGGGAACUUUACAUAGCAUCUCUGAUCUGUACAGCCCAGAAAGGCAGGUGAAACUAUUUCCAUUUCAUGGUUGAGAAGCUGAGUUAAUGACUUACCCAAGGCCAUAACAGCCAGGAAAUACAGAGCUAAGUUUCCAACUGAGGACUUUUUUUUUUUGCUAUCCACAGUUUAAAAGAUCAGUCCCAUUUUUUCUCAUGGGAGAUAGGGAGAGUGUACACUCAUGGAGAAAGGGAGUGUACAAAUUGUAAUAAACCAAAAAAUUUAAAAAGUAAAAUUGUGAAAAAUUUGAUUAAGGCUUACCUAAGUCCUGAUCAGCCUAAAAAGUAUGUAAGAGUGAUGAACGAAUGAAUCAUUUAAGUAGAUGUUACUGAAUAAAAUGUAAAACACACCAAGAAAGUUAUUUCAGGAAGGGUAGUGGCAUUUCAUUAAGUUGUUGGGCAUUUAUCAUGCUAAGGGUUGUUCCAGAAAUGGAUGGCGUGUUGGAACCAGCCUCGAACCAGAGGCGCUCAGUGGCUUUGCUCUUGGCCUCUGCUGCCUUCCUGUGAAUCUGCAAGAGCCUGACCUUUUGUCUCUGCAGAAAUGCUGAUGGCCACAUGUUGGGUAGACGACUUGCUGUAGCUGGUGUGCUCCGAGAAGAGGGCCGGGAGUGUUCUGUUUAAGCAGAUAACCUUUCUGUGCUCACACUGGCCCUACCCCCACACUGCCCAAUCAGGGAGCUGGAUAUUUAUUGACAGAAUUGGACAUUAAGACUAUUCUUUAAACAUAAAAGACUUGUUGGGGCCAGGUAUUAUUGUGAGCCAAACUGCUAAAUUAGUAUGUUGUUUUUUCCUUACCACCCUCCCCAUCCCCUGCUAUUUAAAGAAUUUUCUUAUGAAGCAUCUGCUUGUUUCUGCUGCUGACAACUAGCCUUACCCCACAUUGAGGGUGGCACUAAAUCUCUUCACACAGAAAGUGAGCCUGGAUCAGUGAAAAACAGAGUUUGGGCACUUAAGGAAUAAAAACAACCUGAGGACCAAAAGCACUUCACAGAUCUCUGCUAUAAAAAGUUGCCUCUUUGAGGUGGAAGGAAAGAAGAAUGGAGUCCCUAGUUUCCUGAACAGAAGAUGCCUUGGAGCAGGAGGAAGUUGUCAGGGGAAUGUGUGCCUCCAGUUGGGGAGUUAACCUUAAAGGGGGUGGAAUAAACUGGGCUUAAUAAUUGUGUUCUGAUUCAACUUCUGAGUUUUUGUGUCAUAGUCCAUGGCAUGAUGUUAGCUUUGAUGUUGGAUAUUGCUUCUGCUGAGGACACAUCGGGAAAGGGUGUUGUCAGUGUUACCGUGGCUUCAGUCUUACGCUUUGGCUGAGUUACAUUUUCUAGCUUGAUUGCCUUUUGGUAACUCCAGGCCCCCUGGAGAAGAGUUGGAACUUUCUGAACUUCAAGUUAAAAACUGUUUAACUUAAAUUUUUACUUCUUUAAAUAGGUACGUGAUUUUGAGGGUCAGACAAAAUAUUACAAAUUUAGCUUUAGCCUUCCCCCCAAAGUAAAUCAGAAUUCUAGCCAACUAUUGGAAGAAAAAUAAUAAACAGUUCUAUGUGUCAUCUAUCUCACCUAUAGCCUUUGCUGCUGAUAGAGAACAUAUAUAUUCAGUUUAUGUUUGUAUAAAAAUUCUUCACACUUCCAGAGUGCUUACUGGGUAUUUGCAAAGGAUUGAGUAGGCACUGUGAUGAAACUUCACAAGCCAGAUGGGCAAGAUGCAUUAAUAGCCACAGGGGAACAGGGUAAGGGAGCAAUUCAGGAUUUUAAAUAAAAUUGUCAGGAGUUCUGGCAUCUGAGUCUGUUUUCAUCCUGUCUAUAUAUAAUAGACAAACACUGCAUUUUAUAGUAGCAGUUUUAGAACUGUCGGAUGCUUGUUGGCAAGUGACAAUUCGCUGAAGAGCAAUGUAUCUGGGUUUCAAAUUUCUUCAGUUAAAAAAGAUGGGUGGGAGAGGGCAGAUGAGAAAGGUGACAAGCAGCUGGCCAAUUGAGGGAACAGAUGGUUACGCUAGGGGCAGGGUGUGUGCUGCAUUCUUCACCCCAACUGAGACCUUGUCACUGCCAGGUAGAGCCCUGGCACUCUGCCAUUUCCAGAGGCCGAACCAAGAUGGCGCGCAGCAGCAAAGCAGCAUUUGCGUCACGUGCCAGUGCCCGGGGGCAGGAGGCGGGGUCUCAGGAGAAGUGGCCAGACCACGCCCUUCAGGGGCGGGACUAGUCCGAGGAGGAGGGGGCGGGGCCUCAAGGCUGGGCGCUAGGACGGC